UUGACUCCGCUGUCCUGGCUGUCGCUGUACUUCUUCUGGGAACAUGAUGGGGGUGGGAAGAAGAAAAUAGAGAUUGGGGGGGGGCAGUGGGCAGACCUUCCAAUUAACAUUUGAGUCACUCCAUAUCAUUAGCAGCUCUGUGUGGCGCAUUAGGACCACACAUCGUGCCGGAGACGCACCAGGGCUGGUGGGGCUAAUCUCAACUGACGCAACACCCCUGGGCCUGGCUGAGACCGACGUCAACCUCCAACCUCCUCACUCAACACUAGCCUGUGAAUGAGUCCCAAAUGGCACCCUAUUCUAUUCCCAAAAGGGUGCUAUUUCAGACGGGCCCUGGUCAAAAGUAGUGCACUAUACAGGGAAUAGGGUGCCAUUUCAGGAGCACACUAUCAUCAACACUGGGCUCGGGGUUUGUUUAGAUCUGAAAUGCCGCUUGUAAUGCUAUGUUUUUUGUUUGUCAUGCCCACUUCACACUUUUUUUGAACACUUGUCAAUUCCAUGUCACAACUUUGCAGAUAUUGGAUGUUGGACAAAUGUAUAAUAUUGUUUUGUUCGUGUGACUGUGUCGAACCUCUGUGACCUUCUUCACUUCUUCCCUACAGCUAGUGACCCCCAUGACAUGCACCCACACACACGUCCUCAUCAACCAAUCGCAUCCCUGUAUUGGUACGAGGAAGAGCCAAGGAUGAGGAAACCUAUAUAUUGGUGGCGCCACUGUUACGUGACACUUCGACAGGGCUGUUUUGUGUGUGGACCAACAACCAACUUCCUUCUCUGACAUCCAGCCGCUGUUUUGUUUUCCAAUAGGAUAAUUAUUGUUGAACAUCCAGUCUAAGAUUAAUCACUGCUGAAUACAGCAUUGAAGGAUAGUCAGUAUACAGUUUAACCAAUAGGAAAGGUACAGACAGGGGAGAUGCUGUGUUCCCAGCUGCAGGUGUUACUGGUGGCUCUGUCUGCCUCAGUGUUGCUGGCGAGGGUCAGCGCCGCUCCACACAGAGACAUGCUAGCUGAACUACUGAGAGCAGAUACAACCAAGGGCAACGAGGAUCUCUCCCGCAACCUCCUGCUGAAGAUCAUGUCGGACCUGAUGAGCACAGCCGUGGAGGAGAACGAGGUACUACCGGAACUGGAGGAGGCACUCGGGGUGAGGGAGGAGGUGGUGCGCCAGCUACCCCUCUCCCAUCGGGAACGCAAGGCUGGAUGCCGGAACUUCUUUUGGAAGACAUUCACAUCGUGUUAACUUGCCAAGCAGCCUCUUCUUUGUGCUGGAUCAUUUUUAGACAUAUUUCUUGCAAUGUCACAAAUGUAAAAUGACAGCUACUUUUUUUUUUUUUUCACUGUUCAUUAUCAAUUAAAAGGCCUAGAAUGUUCUUGGCACGUACCUGAUAUGUCUUUUUCAUGGGUUGGUUGUCUAGCAACAAAAGCAACCCGUGCGCAACUAUGGGGCAGGCUUAGAUUAUUGACAUGUAAGCUAUAUUUCGCCUCCAAUGUUUAUUGAAAACAAAUAAAUGUGCAUAAUGAG